UAGUUAUGCUAAAAGAUGAUAGUUACGUAUCAAUAGUUUUUAUUCAUCAGAGAUUUCGAGUUUCAGUCCUUUGUCAAUGUCAAUGUCGCAUUUUUUUAAAGUUAGGUUAUUAAAUGUAAACAAACAGUAAACACUCAAUUUUUGUGUAAAUAAAUUAUUGAAAAAUGAAAAUAUUUGAGAAUUAUAAGUCGUCUUUAUCAAUAUCUCGGAAUAUUACCCUAAUUACUGAUGACAUUUUCAAAAAAAUCAUAGAAAAUUGCUUUAGUUUUUUGACGGAGAAGAAGGAAAUACAUUCCACCAGUAAUCUUUAUAAGUCCAAACCAGAUGUCACAAAGGAAUUUUAUGCAGCUUUGCUGGCAGUAACUGCUGAAUUUGCUAGAAAAAAUGUGUCAAAAGAAGAAAUUAUUAAAUAUUUAACCAGUAACUGUGGUUUACCCUCUGAUCGUGCAGAUUUGUAUGCCCAAAAUUUCGAAAAAGAAAGAACUAAAAUAGAAAUUUCUUUAUUGAAUAUUGGAAGUAGUUUACCACAUGUUUCGGAUAUUAAGUGGAAAAUAGAUCACAUUGUGAAGUCUAGCGAAAUGGAUUCUUCAGAAGGUCCGUUAUUUAGAAUAUGUUUGAUAGCAGAACAGUACGACAAUGAAAAUGAAAACAAGGCUUUGAAGAAUAUUCACUUUACCUGCAAUUCUGUGGAACUAUUAGACCUCAUCUAUAAAUUAAAAGAUGCUUUAAGACACUGUAACAAUUUAACACACAGGGUGUUUUAAUAAAAAAAAUUAAAUUCAUUUUUUUAUGUUGGAAAUUGAAAUAAACUCUAUAAUUUGUUAUUUUGGUAAAAAAAUUACUAUCUAGGCAA